AUUGUCAAUGCCAGUUGGAAUUGGGAGCAGGGAACUGUAUAAAGGACACUACCAUUUUAUUUUUCUGCAUUAUUGAAUAAGAUAGUGCCUUUCUAGGGAGCACCAUCCCUUCCUCAGUUUCACAUAGCCCAAUAUGACAUGCCAAAGAGCAAGCUAUUUCCCAGCAUCGGUCUGGAAUAUUCGAUGCCUUGGACGGCAACUCCCAUGCUGGCUGGGAAUGAUUGGCCUGGUUAUCCAACUCAGCUCCGUAAAGCUGGCAAAGGAAGUCAUUAAGUUUUUCGCUGUCAUCCACUGGAUCCAAGCUGUCACGGCUACUUUGAGCAUCAUGGGUUCGAGCUCAAUUAUCGGCUACACCGUAUUCCAGAAGACGGCCAGAUCCCCCGAGGUGCGCCCUCUUGUCUACCUGAGCCUCUCUGAUCUCUUUCUGGGGUUGUGCUGGCUCACGGGGGCCCUUCUCUAUAGCAGAGAAACAUCCCACCCAACUGGAGAUGGCAACAUCUGCUACAACUUGCAAGCCACCGGACAGAUCUUCUAUGUCGCCUCUUUUCUGUACACAGUUAAUUACACCUGGCAGCUUUACACGGAUUUAAAAGGGAAAUUCAACCAGCACUUACAUAGCCAGAUGCCACAGACAUUGAACUAUUGGAAUCACCUUGGCCGAACAGCAAUCCUUUUCUCUAGUCUCAUCCCCAUCCUCCUGAUGGCGCCUGUUUUGGGGCUAGGCAACCACUUUCAGUGUCCUCAGAAUUUCACCGCACAACAUGGGUGCCUCCUGUUGCACAUGGAAAACAUGCUCAGCAGCGGCUCUCAGCAUGUCACCUGCGCCGUGUUGUGCUUGUAUAGCACUGGAGUUUUCCUGGUCUUGUUUAUGGUCAGCUUCCUUGCAGUUCUGAUCUUGCUCAUCCGAGCCAGGAUGUUGUACAAGCGGUUUGUGAACUCGAUGGGCUACCUUGGCGAUCAACAGUGGGCGAUGCUGAAGGUGGUGGAGCAAGCCGUGGUUCUGUACCCUGUGGUGUUUUUCUGCUGCUGGGGGCCAGCCUUUAUCCUCGGCAUAGUCAAGCUGGCACGUACGGACAGUGCCACUGUUUACAUGGUCUUUUAUGUUCUAGAGGCCCUGACUGCAUCUUCCCAGGGGUUCCUGAACUGCGUGGUUUACGGCUGGACCCAGCACAUGUUCCACUGUGUGAAACGCAAGGCCUGCCGCGAUGUCGACACCCAGACGCCCCUCCUGCGUUCCCAGAAGAGGUUCUACGCCAGCACCCUCCCAGCCCAUUCCCAGGCGGUGGCUAAGCCCUUCUCUCCAUCCACAACCACGGUGUUAUGAACGGGAGAUGGACCUUUUGAACUCUCCUCGGUCAGGCCACGAGGCUCUUUGCUCACCAAGGUUGGGCUAAGCUUUCUGGAUCCUGCACAGAGGAAGUUCAACUGAUGACCCUAAAGCUCUCCUCGCUCACAGCCCGGCUGAGAAAUGUGCGUGAAAUUAAAGAGCUACCUUGGAAGGGCUGCAAGAGAAGUGCAAUUGGACAAGAAGAAACCAAAAAACUCCUUAGAUUUAAAUAAUCACUAUUUAUUUGAGGGGGGAUCAAAAAUUGGAUAGGGUGGAGAGGACUGCCUUUUUAGACUGCAUCACAUUCCCCCCCCCCCACGUGACAGUUUCCCCAGGAUUUUCCAAAGAAUGGGAUAAAAGCAUCACUGAGAACUUGGAACGUGGAAAUUAUCCUUUUAUUUCAGUCCUGCUGAUGGAAUAUUUUACAACUUCCUGCCAAACAGUAAACCGUAAAACGUG